AAAGCUCGUUUUCAUUUAGUAAUAAGCAGCCAUCAUGUACCAAUUGUCUGAAGUGGAGUCCAACUAUCGCAGACUCUUUAAAGACUUUCUGCGCAAUAGCUACAUAAGUGGAUUAAAACCUCUGCUGUUGCACAGCCCCGUACAAUACGCCAAGGCACUUUGGCUGGCAUUUCUGGCUGUGAUCGUUGUCUGGACACACAUUGUUGUCGUUAAUCUGACACUCGAGUACAUCGAUCAGCCCACUGAGAUUCACAUGGCCCCCAAUCUGGUGCACGUAUCCAACAGUCCCUUUCCCGCUGUGAGUGUUUGCCGGUCGAACAUGAUUAACAGGGGCCUAAUGAAUAACUACGCCUUUAAAAUCUAUCAGCACCAGACUCAAUACGAAGGAACAUUUGCCAAUGACAGUCGAUACCCCCCCUUAGAUUUGGAGAGGUUGACGGAUCGCCUGAUGCUUCUGACCAACUUUUUUUUGAAUACCGACGGGAAACAUUUGGAUAUCGAUGAACUGGGUCAACUACACAAUCUACUCACUAGCUACUACAAUGGCAGUGUAUACUCGGUGCAUGAUAUACUACGUGAGUUGACGCCCGACUGCGGGGACUUAGUGGUGCGAGGGAUCAUCUAUGGUAUGCCUGUCAACACAAGCCAAUUGUUUCUGAAGCGGGCAACAUCUUCUGGCACGUGCUGCAUAUUUAACUAUAGGCGGCCCAGUUAUUCACAAUCUCCUGGGCAGCGUGAGUUGGAUGAUGCAGAAAUGGCGGCAUUGCCACAGGUGGUUUUUGAAUCGAAUUCUAUUUUGAACGGCAUACAAUUUGUGCUGCAGGACACUCACCAGGACGAUUACACAUUGAGCUUUUUGACCAACACGGCAUUUCGGCUGCAGAUCUUUCCGCAAGAAGAUUAUGCCACUGUGCAGUCCAAUAAACAUGGUGAAAUACUCGUCGAUCACAAUACCAUUGUGGAGGUGCCCAUACAGCCGAAGUUCUUUGACUCCAGCGCUGCGGUGCGAGGUGUGACGCCAAAAGUACGUCGCUGUUACUUUCCAGAGGAGGGCAGAAAACUAUUGAACCAAUCCUACUACUCGCUGGAUGAGUGCAUUUUACUCUGUCGCAUUAAUAGCAUGUUACAGCACUGUGGCUGUGCGUCCUCCCCCAUGGCCGGCACCGCUUUAAAUGUUAGCUACUGCACGCUGCUUGAUUUGCCAUGCCUGAUGAAAUGGCGCGGUAUUUGGAAUGGCUUCAAUGAGUAUCCGUAUGUGGAACAGUACGAGGAAGGGGCUGAGGAUGCCAGCAGCAUGUCGCAAUGUCCACUUUGUCUGCCCAACUGCGAUGGCGUUAACUUUGAGAUUACCAGCAAUGUAGCUCCGCUUAGAAAAGCCUUUAACGCAACGGGCUACGCCCACGGCCUACUCAAGAGCUUGAACAACGAUCGUCCUUUAUCCAUAAUCAAAUUAUUCUUCAAGUUGCGUUUCGCGCAGUCAACACAAAUGGCUAUGGUUGGCGAUUGGGUUGUGCUGCUUAAUCGCUUUGGUGGUAUUUUAUCAUUGAUGUAUGGCUUCAGCAUAAUCAGCUAUAUAGAAAUAUUUUACUAUCUAACUGGCAAAUGGUUUGUCCUUUACUACAGAGAAUGUCAUAAACAAAAAAACGAUAGCAACAAAACUGAAUUAGACAGUAGCUCGCUACACUGGAACGAAUAAUAAGAGCAUAUAUUA